AUGUGGGACAUGCCGAAAAGAGUGGUUGGGCAUUUCAGCGUUUCAGGCCUGAAACUGACCGAGGUCCGCAUACCGAAGUACGUGAUUAAGGGUUCCGCGGCGCAGUUGGAGUGUCUGUACGAUCUGGACGGCGAGGCCCUCUACUCGGUGAAAUGGUAUAAGGAUGGCAACGAGUUCUACCGCUAUGUGCCGAGGGAUAUGCCGCCCGCCCAGACCUUCCUGCUGCCUGGUGUUAGCGUCGAUUUGCACAACUCGAGCGACGCGAUUGUUACGCUGCGCUACGUCAAUCUGCAGUCGGCGGGCCGCUUCCGGUGCGAGGUUUCUGGCGAGGCGCCCUCCUUCCAAACGGUCACCGAGCACGGCGACAUGAUUGUUGUGUGUCUUCCGGACGAAGGAGCGCCAAAAAUCAGUGGUGGACGACCGCGUUACCAGAUAGGAGACUAUGUUCGGGUAAACUGCACCGCUGGCCGCUCGAAGCCGGCUCUAGCACUAUCCUGGCAGGUAAAUGGAGAGGCUGUGGAGCAGCAGAAGCUUCGCAAGUACGACACGAUCGUUUCGGGACGAGAGGGUCUGGAGACCUCUGUGCUGGGCCUACAAUUCCGGGUGGAGCAGAAGCACUUCCGCAACGGAGACAUGAAACUUAAGUGCAUAGCCGAGUUGUCGACCUUGUACUGGCGGAGCAACGAGGAGUCCGUGGAGGGCGACCGGCCGCAGAAGGCCCCGGUGCUCGAGUCCCGGGAAACGGUCUAUGCCAGCAACUCGCGCGCCGAUCCCGUCCAAGCCAGUUCCACGGCUCCGCCGCCCUCGGCACCCGCGCCCCUCCUCCUCCUGCUGCCGGUGGCGCUGGCGGUGGUGGUGGCAGCCCUGGCGGAGGGGAUCGCAAACGAUACAGAUACAGAUAAGAUAUCGAUGGAUCGGACAGCCCCUGGGGGGAUGGCUAUAGCGAAAGGAGCCCGACAGGCGAGUGAGUUGCUGGCUGACCGCGAGGAGGAAAUUCGCAGGACGAGAGCCGGAAAAUCCGCGACGCAGCUUGAGAAAAUGGCAUUGACUGCACGGUAGCUGCAUUAAGCCAAAGGCGGCUAUUUCCCUCCACAGCACACACACACUUUUCACCGAUUUUUCCGUCUUCGCUUUGCAUAGAGAAAGAAACAAAGAAACUCACAGAAAAUCAACAACAGGAAAUGAACAAAAAAAAAGAGAAAAUCAUGCAAAACGAAAGAAAUGCAGCUAAUUUAUUUAUGCCGUUAACAAAAGCUUCUAUGAAUUUAAUUUUUAACAAGAAAACAAAAAAUAUCUAGAGCAUGAAAUACAAAGACUAGUGUGAGAUCGAGAAAAAUUGUAUGUGAAAAAGCGUGAAAAUGUUUUAACACUCUACGGAAAUGUUAGCACCUGUGUCGAACGAAAGAAAUCCAACUGUAAAUAGUUAAUGUUUAAUAAAUAUAUUUAUGUAACUGUAUUGUAUGUUAAUAAUUGUUAAGCUCACUCCCAUAAAAACAGAAUUUAAAUAUCACGCGAACGGAAUAAACGAAAAUGAAUGAAAAAUCCUCUACCAAGAGUCAAGGCAAAAUACGAGUUUAACAAAACAAAAAAAAAAUAAUUAUAAACAUAUAGGAAAAAAUAAUGGUAAGAAUUUCAUGGAUAAGCAAAGAAUAAGAUGAAUUUUAAGCAAACACACAGGCCGGAUAAAUUGUGAGCGGCACAGUGCGUUACGAAAGUAUGAUUCCAAAAAUUAAAUACGGCUAAAUUUGACCCAAAUAAAGCUGGCUAAAAGGGAAAAUUGAUUGUUAAAUUAAUAGAAUAUGUACCAAUAAAUUCAA